AUGUCUUUCAACCAAUUAACUGGCUUAUUUCCCGAUGUCAUUGGAAACAUGAGCUCUCUUGCAUAUCUAGAUCUCUCUUUUAACCAAUUUCAAGGGGUGAUUUCAGAAAGUCAUUUCUCGGGUCUCUCCAAAUUAAGAUGUCUUGGUCUGUCCUCUGCCUCACUAACUUUAAACUUCCAUUCUAAAUGGGUUCCCCCUUUCCAAUUGGAUUCCAUAUUCUUGGGGUCUUGCAAGAUGGGCCCACAUUUUCCAAAUUGGCUUCAAACUCAGACAAGUUAUUCAGUCCUUGAUAUUUCUAAUGCAGGAAUAUCUGAUACUCUUCCCAGUUGGUUUUGGGAAAGGCUGUCUCAUCAUCAUGAAAUUGGUUCGGUAGAUCUCUCCAACAACCAAAUUAGGGGAACAAUUCCAAACUCGCAAAUUGAUUUUUUAUAUUACCCUCGUCUACUAAAUUUGAGUUGGAACCAAUUGGAAGGUCAAGUCCCUCCAUUCCUAUUAAAAGCGUCAUCUCUUGAUCUGUCCCACAAUAAUUUUUCAGGGUCUUUUUCUUUCUUGUUUCCAAUGAAGGCAAGUAAUUUAACGUUGCUUGAUCUCUCGAGCAACCAUUUAGACGGACAACUUCCCGAUUGCUGGACCCAUUUCAAAAAUCUUUUAAUUCUUGAUUUGAGUGACAACCAUUUUUUGGGGAGAAUUCCUACCACAAUGGGCUCUUUAUUUUCUAUUCGAACGUUGAACCUAAACAAUAAUGGAUUUGUGGGGGAAUUGCCUUCAUCCUUGAACAAUUGUUCAAGCCUAGUAGUUUUUGAUGUUGCAGAUAAUAACUUAUCAGGGCCAAUACCUGAAUGGUUAGGGUAUGGACUUCCAAAUUUGACUAUCCUUAUCCUUCGUUUUAAUCACUUCUAUGGAAACAUUCCGUUACAAAUGUGUAAUAUGAGAAGCAUUCAAAUUUUGGAUUUAUCGAUGAACAAUAUCUCCGGAAGUAUACCCAAAUGCCUCAACAAUUUGACCAAUUUGGCUCUAAGAGGAAGUUCAAGUCUAACUAUCACUCAUACCAUUUAUGUAAACUCCACUUCUCUCACUAGUUAUAGUUAUGAUGACGAAGCAUCCUUGAUAUGGAAAGGCAUGAUGUCCAAAUACAAAAGCAUUCUGGGGCUUGUAAAGAGUAUUCAUCUGUCAAGUAACCGAUUAACGGGAGAGAUUCCUUGUGAAAUCACUGACCUUGUUGGGUUGGUUUCUUUAAACCUAUCAAGAAACAACUUAACAGGUCAAAUAACUCCAAAUAUCAGGAAGUUGCAGUCCUUAGAUUUGCUUGAUUUGUCAAACAACCAAAUACAUGGUACAAUUCCAACGAGUCUCACUGGAAUAUCUGGCCUUGGUAAGUUGGACUUGUCCAACAACAACCUGUCUGGAAGGAUUCCCAUAGGACCUCAGCUUCAAAUUUAUGAGCCCUCUGUUUUUGCCGGAAAUCCUCUCCUUUGUGGAAUUCCACUUCAGACGUGCUCUUCUGAGGAAACAACUCCAGAGGAGCAGCCGGUGCUUGGGAAUCAAGAUGAAGAUAAUAAUGACGGGUUUAUAACUCCGAAUUUUACGUGAGUUUGGGGCUUGGAUUUGCUGUUGGAUUCUGGGGAGUUUGUGGGAGUUUGAUAUUCAAUAGGUCAUGGAGAUACACAUACUCCAAGCUCUUGAAUGGUUUGAAUUAUUGGCUUAAUGUCGGGGUGACAUUGUUCAGGCAACGAAGAAUGCCCGAUGACUAAACUCUCGUUCAUCGUCUUGUUUGGUACUUCAUGCUAAACCCUUCAGCUUUCGGUUUGAGGAGCCUGAAGGAGAAGAAGAAUGCAAUAACUUUUAAGUUAUGGGGGAAGAGAUUUUACAGAAUGAAGAGCUCUACUAUUACUUGUAACAAUAAGUUGGAAUUUCUCCAAAUACAUUAAAGGUAGAUGUAUUUGACUCAUUGUCGAGUUGUAAUUUCACACAAGUAUUUAUGGUUUUAGUUUCAAUUUUUCUCAA